AUGGAGCCCACCAUGGAGGCCACCAUGGAACCUCACGACAGCCCUCUCAGAAACCUCGAUUUGUGGUGCGACUGGAGUGGCUUUCCAGAGGAACCAGUGUCUAUCACAAUCGCCAUGGAGCUACAAACCUACGGUCAUCCCAACCUCAUUUUACCAAUUCUCAAUGUUCAGUCGCCAAACACAGUGAAAACCCCGUCUUGGGUCAUCCGGUUGAAGCCUGACUCCACCCAAUAUGAUACCGACACUCCGCCUGAGAAAGAAGCUCGGCGAUCUGGCCACGAAGAUAGUGACGAGACCGAAAAAUACCCUGCCAACAAUGGCUCUGUUCCUGACUCUGGGAGUAUUGUUGUCCAUGAUGGUCCAUACGAUGAUGAUACUCAGGGUGUCUCUCGUCCUACUGUGGACAUCUCGGGGAUGUACACCCAGGUUGAUAGCUUGCGUAGCCCAGCCUCUUCAGACCCUCGCAAGAGCCAGGUCAACAGCUUGGGUAGCCCGAACUCGUACUCUCGUAAGAGAUCCGCCAAGGCUGCUUCUCUGCCUGACUCAAUCCCUCCUGAUGAUGAGUACCAAGGCACCCGACACAAACUUAUGAUGACCAAGAUCGACCCGUUGGCGGAACUGGAGCCUAUGUCCCAGGACACUAGCACCCUCGAGAACGUCGGCAGCUCUACUUCCCUUCACCGUCGUUCUGAUAGUCUGGAUGAAAUCAGCGUGGCGCCUGAGAGCAUCCCGUUGCCCCAAGACUCGACUCCGGGUCUUGUGCCGGUUUCUCCAUGCGCUACAUCCGAACAUCUUUCGCUAAAUGAAAAGGAAGUGACGGUUGAUAAUAUACCCGAGCCCGAUGAAACGAAUAUCAGCAAAAUUGACUUGAGUGGCACCGAACCGCUCACCGAAGCCAACUUGCUCCAUCGGAAUUAUGAUACCCUUUCUACUCGUGGGUGCAACGGAAGCCUUUCUGACACCGAAGACAAUGACAGAGAAAAGGAGGACCUGCUUCUUUCCCUUGAAUCCAUUGGGUCGCCAUCAUUUUUCUCCUGUUCUGGAUUUCAUGGACCCCCUCUGUACCCGACAUCUGCAGAAACCAUCGAAAAUCAUAAAAAGCCCAAGCUCAUCUUGGACAAUGACAUUCUUUACGUGCAGGCCCCUCCCAACGUCUACUCCGCGACAUACCAAAUCGCGAUUGCGCUCAAGGUCAGGCUGCAGAAAGGAAAAUCGAGGGAUUGGUGGGAGUUGGUUGUGAGUGGACUGCCUCGACUUGCCCAAUUCGAAUCUGGUUAUCUCUACUUCCGAACUCCCCCGGGGCAAGGAAUGGAAUUCAUGACUUCGUCUUUCAAACGACACACCCUUGUGGAAAGCUGCUUGAUGGCCCAAUUCUACGGUGGAAAAAGCCUCGUGGUUCCGUUCCGUAAGUGCAACGCAGAAUAUUACGGACAACUCAAAGACUAUAAAGUCAAUACGGUCAUACGAGCCGAGGUGGCAGACGCCAACGAUCCGUCGUCUUACCUGAUCAAAUACAAUGCUGUUUGCUCCGUUGAUCUCAUCAAUCACAACUUCUGGGCCGAGAAGUGCAAAUUCAACCUCAUUGUGCAUGGCGGCCCAGAGGGCGAGUUCAAUGCCAUGUUUGCAGCCAAAAAGCCUGUUAUAAACUCGGUUCGAUUGCAACCAGCGCCAGAUAGCAUGGGUAUCGGACUCUCGCGAAUCAAUAUCAUCAGCGUACCGCAAGCUCUGGAGAUGUUUAUCGUUUCGUGGGAGGUCACGCUGCCGCGAGGCAAGGCUGUUACCUGGCUGCCAUGGGUGAAAACCACGUUGAGCUACAACGAUGCUGAGACUAUCCUCCAAGAAGAUUACAUGAUAUUUGGCCCCAAUGAAAUUAUCCCUCCCAAGCAGCAGAGGGUUGAUACUAGAAGCCGAUUUUCAUGUGGUCAAUCGGGAACUUUCCGUCAAUUUGAGCCCCCAGUCAUGGAACCUCCAUAUCUUCAACGCGAAGCACUUCUCAGUCACAAGCCUAAAGUGAACCGGCCUUUGUUUGGAAAAAGCCCAGCUUCUAAGUCUACAAGUACACAGACUGUUGCGACUCUUGCGAAAACUCCAGUCGCUGAGCGAAAGAAGCCACGCCGUGCUGCCAGAUUAUGGUCCCUGAUCAAGUUCUUUUUCCAGCUGCUUGGUUUCUUGGCAUCUGUGCAUACCAUUUACUUCUCGUACUUGCUGCUACACAACUGUGGGUUCCGCGAAGUGUAUGUCUAUGACCUAGUGGACCAUACAGAGGAUUUUAGCAGCAUCAACAUGGACAAAGCGGGGGAUACUGUCCUGGCGGGGUUUGAUCUUCAGCCUGAGCCGAUUCGAUUCGAAGUUCCGCAGUUUGUCAACACUACACCCGCCGCUAUCACCCCAAUGCCCUUGAGAGACCGUAUCGAUUACCUUCUUGGAUGGCGAGGACCAAUUGCGCGGGGGUAA